AGCUGAUUCCACGAGAAGCUGCUCCAAAAUCUUUUGUCUUAGUGACAUGUCCUGACAUGGCAGCUCACGGGUUAAAUGUGUCCCCUCCUUCUUUGCUGGCCAGACUGUGACGAGCUCAGGUGAUAGUUCAGCGUGCACACUCCCGGUGCAGACCCCGGGCAUCACACAAAUGUGGGUGGGGUCGCUUUGAUGCGCAAACCAGACAGCAAUGUACACACCACGGCACAGCCCCCCGAAGUCCAUUUAAAACUUCCUAUAAGGACAAACAGCCUGCAGGAGGAGGGAGCCAGGGAAGCGUGGGGGCUCCACUUUCAGUACUGCCAGUGAGGGAUACUCAACAGAGAAUUACAUAAAGCUAAAGGAACCCUGACUGGACAGAAUCUGAUGGUGCAGGGUGAGGGAGCGAGCACUAGCAAGUCUUCGAAGUCGUGAGUAAGACGUUCAUUGACACGUUUCUACCUGAUUCAGAGCUUCUUUUCUGUGCAUCUUCUUCCUAUCAGCCUCCUAGCACUCAUUCAUCAUGGCUUGGCCGUGCAUUACGCGUGCUUGCUGCAUCAACCGCUUUUGGACCGAGCUGGACAAAGCGGACAUCGCGGUGCCUUUGGUUUUCACCAAAUACUCGGACGUGGCCGACGUGCAUCAUCUUCCCCAUCACCCGCAGCCGAGGCUGAAGAGGGCCGGAGCCAUUGCCAUAGAAACCGAGCCUCAUCCCGGCGGCGAGCAGCAGGAGGCGGCAGGGAAGGCACCGCCCGCGACGGGUGCCGCAGCGGGGAAAGAUGGCUCUACUGCGUCCGUCAUGCGCCAAGACUACAAGGCGUGGAAAGUGCGCCCCGAACCCAGCUGCAAACCCAGGAACGAGUACCAACGCUCUGCGGCUCCGUUCAAUAAUGAAACUCAGUAUCAGAAGGAUUACAAGCCCUGGCCUAUACCUAAGAAACACGACCACCCCUGGAUCCCCAAACCCAGCCCCACUGCUACAUCCUCUGGUGUCCCUGAGCGAAGCGCAGGAAGCGGUAAGAUGGAGCAUGCCGAGGCCGAGAGCGGCGUGGAGAAGAGCGAGAUCGAGGAGAAAAUUCAAGAAAAAGUGAAAGAGGUGACGAAGAAGAGCGUGAAGAGGGAAAAGUCAGCAGAGAGACAAAGUGUGGAGAAGACGGAGGGACAAGUUUCGGCAGAAGCAACGAGCGCCGAGCAGAGGAAAGGCAGAGCAGCUGCAGACGCUUUAAACAGGCAGAUCAAAGAGGUUAUGACGACUUCUAGCAGCUACAGGACUGAGUUUAAAGCAUACAAGGAUGUGAAACCAGUAAAGCCCAUCAAAGCUCCAUCUCAGUAUAAACCCCCAGUGGAGGAGACCAGUCUGGAAACCAGCUACAGUGCCACAUACAAGGGGGAGCAGGUGAAGGCCCAGCCCGCUGACAACAAGGCGUUGGAGCGCAGGAGGAUACGCAGCCUGUACAGUGAGCCCGGCAAGGAACCCACUAAGGACUUCUCAGAGACUGAGAGCAGCUCUGUUCUAAAUCCGCUGUAGUCAGGCGGAUAAACCAGUGUCUCGCCCCAAACCAAAAAAGACCCCGACAACAACAACAGGGAAGAUGGUGAAAAAAUCAAAAGAGAAGAUGCUUGCCAGUUCCCAGUCAGCAAAGAAGAAAACAUCUCCGGCCGCCGCAGAACCCAAACCAGAGGGAGCCGUGACGAAGAAGAGCAAGGAGAUCAGCAACAGACUGGCUGAAGCGAAGCAGUAAACGUAGAUAAUGUCAACACUGUAACGUGUUUGAUCAAAAGGCUACGUGACGAAAUAGUCAAACUUCUUCCCUUUGGUUUGUUUUCUGACCUGUUGUUUUUGCUGACUGUCAUAUAAUGUUCACCUUCAAACGGGCACUGAUGUUGAGCUUUUAGAAUAAUGCAAAUAAUUUCACUGUAAACGGUGAGUGUGAGCGUGUGUGUGUGUGUGUGUGUGUGUGUUAAUGUGUGAAAGUGUGAUUUCUUGUAUUUUGAUGCACAGAACCGCUUUAUAUUAUUGAGCACAUAAUUUGCACAUUAUUUAUAUGAGUUGCGUUUGGCCUCAUAAAAAAGAGCCAUCAGUACACAUGCAGUGUGUGUAUGAAAGGGCAUUUUUACUUGUGUCUGAAUGAAUAAUUCAGAUUAAUAUUAAAAUGAUUGUAUAAAACGUUAAAGAGAUGCUUUUUUUCUCUGAGACUGUAUCACACGAGGGAUUUUGUUAAGUGCAAAAUCUGUUUGCGUUUCCUGGUUACAGUGCCUCCGCUGUAUGGUCCUGGUUUUCAUUUCAUUGUUCUGGAUGAUAUCUGGUUUCAUCAGUUUGGUUGCUAAGAAACCAAAUGAACUGUAAUAUAAUUGCUACAGCUUGCAUGCAGGACCCUGUUUUUGGUUGAGUAGCAACAUUUAGGCAGACUACAUGUCACAGUCACAUGUUAGCUUGUAAAUUGAGCCAUUUAAGAUAAAUGUAGAGGGGCGAGACCCUGUCAAUUAUAAUGCAUGUGUAGUUCUAGAUCCUGGUCACACUGAAAAGUACAUACACUGAGUAAAAUCAUAGUCUAGUGGCUGUAAAAGCUAAAAAUCAAACACACCAGCAAUAUGGUUUCACCCACAAACACAUUUCUGGCAGUCUUAAGUGAAGGUCAUCUCCUUUGAUUUUAAGGCAAAACUGCAGAUUUUACAAUGACUCAGUAUUUUGUGACGUACUCCAUCCUCUCCUCUGAGCAGUGAUGUUGUAGUUGUGCUUAUUAGCCCAGAACUUCUCGUAUUUAUUCAGUAAUUCCCACUCUGAACAGGCUGAUCUCUCCAGGUGAAGAAAGGACAAGGAAUGGCCAGGACUCAUAGUUCAGCUAUCAAAAGUGCUGCUGUAUGAAAUUGCGCAAAUCACAUGUGUUCAUUAUGAGCGUGACAUGAGAUGUUUUUACUAAAAUGUUCUCAAAAGCCUUCCCUCUCUGGAUGUUAACACAUUUGUCUCCAGUGAUGCCCUUAGCAGCCGGCGUGGCUGCAGUGUGUGAGAGCAUUACCCACCGUAAAGUCUGCUUCCAGUUUUAGCCUCUGCGUGAGUGAAUGAGAGAAUUUCUGUGUGUGACCUCUACAGCCUGCUGCCUGCUAGCAUCAAGUCUGACCCGACCACUAGACGUGCUGCUAUGCACUCAAACACUCUGGUGCUAAAUCUCUCGUUGUUUAUGCUGUCUGGUUUGGACUGCGUGUGACGUUGGGCCACGGUGAAGUGAUGAUAUGACAAUGUCAUACCACUGUAGACAUGUUGUGAUAUUGUGCUUGUAUUCUCAGCUUGCUCUGAAUGAACUCUGAAUAAAAUGAUGAUAAAGAAUA